GACAUCCAACCAAAGGUCUGGGACCUUUGGGUUGACUUUCAGACAAAACAGUCUCUGGCUAUUGUGGAAAAAUUAUUCCUCUUCAAGGUUUAAGAGAUGAAUGGAGAAAAAAUUUCUGGUGGCACAAUUCAAGAGCCACAGGAAGACAAUCACAAAUUAAUGAUUUAAAAAUAUAAAGGAAGCUAAUACUAUGGUUCAAAACUGGGCUUUGAGUCAGACACGUGGAGCUUUGUUUUCCCAUUGGGUCACCUUAAUAGCCUUGAGGCCUUGAGCAAGUUAGCUACCCAAGCUUUUCUGAGUCUGUUUUUUCCUCUAUAAAAGCAUUGCAGUUAAUCCUACCAUAGCAGAGUUGUGAGGGAAUAAGGAAAGCGAGACCCUUAACAGAAUUCCUCAACUGGUAAGGGCUCUGCUCAGCAAGGAGUAGUUAUUUUGGUCGGGAUUAAGGGCCCCUCAAAUAGCGCCGCUGGAAACCUAAAGCCUGACGAACCUGCUCUGCAGGAAUGAGGCGGGGCCGGUGCCCUUCGUCCUUUCGACUCCCUGGGGCAGCCGGAGCCCGCGCCCCUUGGCUGGUGACUGCCCGUCGCCCAAAAGGCCCGCCGGCAUCUGCCUAACCCGGGGCGGGGAGGGCUCGGGGAGGUUGGCAGACGCGCCGGGAAGAGGAGAAGCGGAGCCCAGGCCCCAGAUGCUCAGUGGCGCAACUUCUUGACGCCUUCUAUUUAAAGGCUCGGGGCUCGCCCGCCCCCCCGGCCGCGAACCCGAGGCGCCCCGCCGGGCCGGGCCGCGGCGCAGUCGGAGGGAGAACACCCGGCGCGGAGGGGCGGCCCGGCUCCGGCUCCGGCCCCGCAGGCGCGAUGGCGAGCAGCGACAGCGACCACGCGGCGGAGAGCGCACUCGGCUCCGACCCGGACGAGGGGGCGACCCGAGAGCUGGAGACGGAGGAGGAGGACGACGACACGGCGGCGGAGUCGGAGGGGGAGCCGGACGCAAGUUUAUCAGACCAGGAUGAAGAAGGCAAGAUCAAGCAGAAGUGUAUCAUAUCUGAUCCCUCCUUUUCCAUGGUGACAGUUCAACGGGACGAUAGUGGAAUAACCUGGGAGACCAAUUCAAGCAGGUCUUCUACUCCUUGGGCCUCAGAAGAAAGUCAGACUUCUGGUGUGUAUAGUCCAGAAGGGUCGACUAUGAAUUCUCCUCCAGGGAAUGUUUCCUUUAUUGUGGAUGAGGUUAAAAAAGUUAGAAAAAGAAGGCCUAAGUCAAAGCAUGGUUCACCAUCAUUGCAUCGAAAAGGCAACAAAAAAAGAAAUUCUUUUGAAUCCCAAGAUGUGCCAGCAAACAAAAAAGAUCCUUUAAUUUCAGAAACCCAGGUACUAAGUGCCCAGAAAGAGAAGUCAUCUACUGGCAUAUAUGAUAAAAUGAGAAAAAAGAAGACCACCUCAGAUACACCUCCUAUUACUGGGGCCAUAUACAAAGAACACAAGCCAUUAGUGUUAAGGCCAGUCUACAUAGGAACAGUAGAAUAUAAAAUCAAGAUGUUUAAUUCAGUUAAAGAAGAAUUGAUUCCUCUACAAUUUUAUGGAACAUUACCAAAGGGUUAUGUAAUUAAAGAAAUACAUUAUAGGAAGGGGAAAGAGGCAUCCAUUAGUCUAGAGCCAGGUUUGGGCAGUCGUGAUUCUAAUAUAGUUUCCAAAACAGGCAAAUUAGUAGCCCAAAGCACAGAAGACGAUAAAGUAAAAGAGCUUGCGUCACCCUGGAGAGGUGCACUCUCCAAACAAUCAAAGUCCCUGACCUCCUUAUUCAGGCAUGAAGAUCAACAGAAAAUUUACUUUGAUUCUCCCCUAAAGACUACGUCUGCCACCAAGCACACAAAUAAUCACACAUCAGAACAAGAAACAGAGCUCAGCCCAUCACAGUCCAUGCAACAACAGCCAGGCAAUGAAGCAAAACCCUGUGAAACUGUGCCUUCUUCUCUUCCAUCUGAUAUAUCUGCAACGGUGGUGCUGGAAGCAGCCAAGGAGGAAUUUGAGCCUGAUUCACAAGAAAUUGUAACUUCAGAGUGUGACUCUUCAGUCUCACCAACUUUAAUGGAUGAGAUAAAGAAGGAGGAUGUGUAUUCUGCUGACCAUUCCAUUUCACUGCAGGCAGAGAAGGAAUCUCUGGAAACAUGUGCACCAGGUCUGGCAGCAUCUAUCCCAGAAGAUUUUGGCACAGAGAGAGAAGAACUGGACCUGACUUCACUAGAAAGGGCAGAACCAGUCUCGGAACAACUGGCUCCUCCUCAUCUCAGUGUUAAAGGAAAGAAGGAAGAAAACAUACCUGAGUCGUCCAUUUCUCUUUCUGAACCUCUAGAGUUAGAGGAACCAGAAGAAGAAGAAACGGAAGCGUCUCUACCAAUAGCUGCUUCCCCCGAACCUGAAGAUUCCAAUUUAGUGGAAGAAGAGAUCAUAGAGCCUGAUUACCCAGGAAGUCCAUCAUUUUCAGAGAAGCCCUUCCCACCACGUUUGGCCCCUGAAGUGGACUGGAAAGAAGAGGAGACCACUCUCCCACUACUGACAACACCCGAACAGGUUGCUUUGUCUGCGGAAGAAAGAGAGGAAAAUGAGUCUGUUUCCACUGAUUCAGAGCAUUCAGUCCCACAGGAUUUGAACCAUAAACUAGAGAAGCAAGAAGUUGAGCCAGUUUCUCUAUUCAAUAGAAAAGCUAUAUCUGAACAUAAAGUUUUGUCAGAAGAGGAGAAUGAGGAAUUUGAACCUUAUUCCCCCAGUGUAACCUCUGCCCCUGAACACUCUCUCUCACCGUCCACAAAUGAGAAGCCUUCUGAGCGCCAGUCCCCACUGUUUUCAGCUGCUGCACCAGAACCCAUGGUCCUGUCAGAAGAGGGCCUCGAAUUUAAGUGCAUCACACCAGAUUCAGCACUGACUUCCCAAUAUGCAGUUCCACCAAAUGUAACACAGGAGUCCUCAAAGGACAUAAUUGGUGAUGUGUCCUCAUUAACGUCAAAAGAUGUUUCUGAGCACACGGUUCUCUCAGAAGAGGGGGAAGACACUGCAUUGUACCCCCCAGAUGUGGUCUCUGCAUCUGAUCACUCUCUCCCAUCAUGUGCACCAGAGAAGCAUUCUGAGCACCAGUCCCCACUGGUUUCACCUGCUGCAUCAGAACCCACGGUCCUGUCAGAAGAGGGCCUCAAAUUUGAGUGCAUCACACAAGAUUCAGCACUGACUUCCCAAUAUGCAGUUCCACCAAAUGUAACACAGGAAUCCCCAAAGGAAAUAAUUGGUGAUGUAUCCCCAUUAACGUCAAAAGAUGUUUCUGAGCACACAGUUCUGUCAGAAGAGGGGGAAGACGCUGCAUUGUACCCCCCAGAUGUGGCCUCUGCAUCUGAUCACUCUCUCCCACCAUGCGCACCAGAGAAGCCUUCUGGGCGCCAGUCCCCACUGCUUUCAGCUACCCCAUCUGAACAUGUGGUCCUAUCAGAAGAAGAGAUGGAGAGGUACACACCCUCUUCCACCUCUCUUUCUGAAUUUUCAGUACCACCAUGUGCAUCACCAGAAUCACAGGAGGAGGAAAUUGUCUACAGAUCCCCUUUAAAUCUAAAAGGUGCCUCCUCACCCAUGAAUUUCUCAGAAGAAGAGCAAGAAGACAUCGGACCUUUUUCUCCAGACUCCGCAUUUGUGUCAGAAUUCUCAUUUCCACCCUAUGCAAUUCAGGAAACAGAGAAAAGAGAAUUUGAGUGUGAGUCUCCAAUAUGCUUAACAUCACCAUCUGAACACACUAUUUUAUCAGAUGAAAACACCGAAGAAGCUGAACUUUUUUCUCCAGACUCAGCUUCACAAGUUUCGAUGCCCCCAUAUAGAACCUCAGAAACAAACAAAAAUGAAAUUGAGCACGACUCACUGUUCACUGCAGUAUCUGCUUCAGGAUAUUCCUGCUUUUCAGAAGCAGCUGAGGAAGACAUUGCGCCCACAGCUAUUACACCUGUACCAGAGUAUCCCAGUUCGUUACAGAAGCAACAAGCUGAACCUUCCCCUUCAGUGUCUGUACUUGAAGGUUUGAGUGUGCCACCUUCAACAAAUAAAACAGAGAUGGCAGAAAUUAAGCCAGAUGUUCAAACAAUCUCAGCAUCUGUAUCUGAAUAUCUCAUUUUGACACAGAAGCACUUAACUGAAACACUUGUAGAACCUGAGUCUGAAGACUCAAUUCUGCCACAUUUAACCAGUGAAUUGGAGAAAGGAGAAAUUAAGACUAGUCCAUCAGUUGCUGUAACGCCUAUUUCUUUACCUGCACAGUCGUCCACUGUAAAGGAAGAAACCAAACCUGUUUUGCCUGCCUCUCAGCAUUCCAUUUCACCUGAUUCAGUCCUUGCAAUUAAGAAAGAACAAGAACCCAAUGCACCACUCACUCCAAAAGCUGCAAAUGAACAGCUGGCUUUGUUGAAAGUUAAAAAUAAGGAAGAAAUUGUGCCUGAUUCUCAAGAAGCUACAGUGCAUGUAUCACGGGAUCAAGAAAUGGAGCCUCAGUCCCCAAAUGUUCCAGGGUCUGGGAUGAAAUACUCAGUUCUGCCUGACUUGGUAGAUGAGCAGGAGAAAGAUGUCAAACCCAGUUUAGCUUCAUCUGUGACAUCUGAACUGGAACAGAGGAUGCUGUCAGAGAAUGAGCCUAAACUGUUACAACCAUGUUCACCUCAAAAGGAAACAUCUUUAUCUGGGCCUGAGAAUUUUUCAGCAGUGAAAAUGGAAGUGAAACAUGAUUCUAAAAUAACUGGUACACCUAAAACACUGCAGUCAUCUUCACCAGGAGUGGAGAAAGAAGUUGAACCUGGACCAUCUGCACCAGAAUUUUCAGCUUUAUCAGAAGAAAUAAAGAAAGAAAUUGAAUCCAGCUCUUCAAUAACCACAACAUCUAUAACUAAGCAUGAUUCAAGCUUAAUCAAAUUAGCAAGAGAAGAAAUCCCAACAGAUUUACCUCCUCUUACCAUGCCUAUAGAACAUCCAAUCUUAACAAAAGUAGGAAAGAGUGAAUUAGGAAGCAGUUUGCCAACACUGGUAAUAGCUACAGAUGAACAUUCACUUUCUAAAGAAGAAGAAAAGGUAGCAAGUAAAGCUAAUUCUUCUCCCACUGAAGCUUCUGGAUCCAAAUGUCAAAUUUGGUCAGAAGCCAAGAAGGAAAUUAAAUUUGAUUCACCUCCAAGCGUAUCUUCUGUAUCAGAGAAUUCUAUUUUGUCAAAGGUAGAAACUGAAGAAGUUAAACCUGGGUUGUCAGUAAUCAAAACAUUGUCUUCUCAGGAUUCAGAUGUAUCAAAGGCAACAAGAGUGGAAAACAGUCAAAGUCUUUCAUUUUCUACUGUCCUUGACUCUGAACGUUUGGUCUUAUCACAGAAAAAGAAUCACGUGUCUGCCUCAGAGGGGUCAGGGCCUGAACAUGUGCCUUCUCUCUGCCUAGGUAGUAAGAUAAAGAAAAAAGAAACUGAACUUCCUUCCUCACAAAAUGUGUCACCUGCACCCAGACAUAUAGUUCCAAAAAGAGGCAAAAGUGAGGAAAUGGCAACUUCUCCUCCCGAGUUGGAAAAUUUAGUGUCAGAAAAUUUAGCUCCAACAUUACCAACCCUCAGUGAUGAUAAGAACAAACAGGCAAUGGAGACAUCUUCUCCAGCUCAGGGAGAUUUCCUAUCAGAAAAACAAGAUCUUGCUCUGGCAGAGCUUUCUUUGGAAACUGAGGAGAAAGACAAGCCACCCCAAGUGUCAGAAUUACCAAGUGCUGGGUCAGAAUUCACUGGUGGUUGUGGUAGGGCAAGUGGAUCCAUAGAUAAAAAACAGAUAAAAUCUCCCAUAACUGAAAUAGCUGAUUCUGCCUUAGAAAAGGGCCUAGCUGAGCUUAGGAGCAGAGAAGAGGGAAAAGAAGAAAACAGGGAACUCCGUGUGUCAGCUACAGUGCCUGAAAUUCCAGAGGUUCCAUCAUACCUUAGGAAGGAAACUCAGAAUCAAGAAAUUCAAUCUUUCUCUCCCGAGGCAGUCAACUUAGGGUCAAAAGAAGCAUUUACCUCUCUAGUUAAAGAAGACAGCCCAGAACUUCAGCCAAAUACCUUUUCUUUAAGAGGAUUAUCAGAGGAGUUGAAUCAUUCAGAUGACUUUAAAAAAGUAGUGAAACAAGAAAUAAGCCCAUUACUGCCAACAGAAAGCUUGAAGGCACAAGUGGCGGGAGAUAUUAUAACAAAACUAAAUGAAGAAACAGACCAACCAAAUUCAUUCCAUGUGCCCCAGAGUAUACCAGACCAAUCGAAGACUGCUGCUUCUGUCCCUGUGGAAAAAGAGGAUCCUGAAAGCAUACUUUAUUCAGAUCAAGUUGUUAAAUUACCUGAUGUAAGCAGGUCUUUUGCAGAUAAACAAGAUCUGGGUAUUAAACAAUUUUUGUUUAUGAAAGAGAAUUUGCCUUUGGAAGAAUCACAGCUGUUUAUGACACCUGAGCCUACAGAUGUUAAAGAAACACAAAUGAAAGAGACCCUGCUUUCUCUAAAGAAUGAAAACUGGCUGCUGGAAAAGCCAGAAAGGGACUUGACAAGUCAUCCUGAAGGAAGAGUCCUGGGGUCUGUGCAGCUGGUUUCCUCUGCCAGCAGUGAUCUGACUACAGGGCAGCUCAAGGCUGCUGUACCGGAUAAAGACCGUACAUGGGAAAUCGGAAAGCAGGUUCAGCCACAUUCUGCUGAAGAAUCACCUUUAUCAUUCCAAGAAUCAGUAUCUACUCUCAAUACCUCUAAUGGUAACAUAGAGACCUUAUCAACUAAACCUUACUCUCCUGAAGAAAUAAAACUGUCCCCCAAACCAAAGUCUUUAGUUCCAGCUGGAAAUGUAGAGAGAAACGAAGCAGAGAGGAAGCAGACACUUUCUUUCGUAGAGAGUGAAAGCUUGAUAUUGGAGAAAGCAAACAAAGAAUUUUCCCUGCCUUGCAAAGAAGACCUUAAGGAGGAAAUAAAACUUCCUUCUGAAAGAAUCAUCCAGAAACCAGUGCCUGGCCCAUCAAUGGAACAUGUCAAGUCAGAAACUAUUCCCUCUCCUGCCAAAGCAGUCCAUAACCUGGCAGGAGAUGCAGAACCAGAAUUGGGCAAUGAAAAAGAACUACACAGGAGUGUAUCUCCUUUACCUGGAGAGAAGCCAUUAGAAGAGCCGCAAAUGGUUCAGUCAAAGGUUGUAGAUGAUGCUAGUGAGAGAGGGAAACUAGCAUCUGAAGUGAAAAUACACACACCAAUAAAACCCCUCUUCUCAACCCAGAAAAAUGAAGAACCUCAACCUCCAGAGUCACUUGAGGUGACAGAAAAGCUGCCCAAGCAGCCCAAGGCAGUUGAGCCAGGCCUUUCUGAGGGAAAGGGAAAGAAAGGAAUUUCAUCUUUCACGUCAUGGAUGUCCAGUUUGUUUUUUGGAUCGAGCACUCCGGAUAACAAAGUUGCUGAAAAAGAAGAUUUAGAAACUCAGCCAAGUCCAUCUGUAGAAAAAUUAGCAACUGCGAUAGAGCCUAAAAGUACAGCUGCAGCUGACUUUAGUACAACUGGGAAACCAACUGAUCAUCUAUUACCAGAGGCAGAACUUAAGACUGUUCAAGAAUCCAGAGAAACUUUAGUUAAAUCUGGUGAAGGUCAAAACUUUAAAGAAAAACCUACAUUUUUAUCAAAUGUAGAAGCUUUACAGCAGCCAAAAUCCAGGUUUGAGGUGCCUAGUAAAGAUUAUGGGAAGAAAGAAAUCCUAGACUAUUCAAAGGAAAUGGACCUACACACAGUAGUUACCUCUCCUGAUGGUGAGGAACACCUUGGAAUUCAAUCUUCUACCAUGGGUGAGGAAUCUAGUAGGGAAGAAGUGGAAAAUGCUGUUCCUCUUCAUGUAACUGAUAGUAAUAGGGCCCAGAAGCCAGAAAUCGCUCCUCCAUCUAAAUGGAAUAUUUCUAUUUUUAAGGAAGAGCCAAGAAGCAGUCAAAAGGAAAAGCCACUCUUUUCAUUUGAUGCAGGAGAUCAGGUGCCACAACAGCCAAAAUCAGCUUCAACGAGCUUCACAAGUAAAAAUGUCAUGAAGGAAUCAGAGAAGCCAGAGACAAUAAUUUUGCCAGUAGAAGAAUCUGAAAGCAGUUUAAUUGAUCUUGGUGAAGACAGACUGAAGAAAAAAAUGCCAACACCUACUUCCUUGAAAAUUUCUGAAGAGGAAAUAAAAUUCAGUUCUGUUAGUCCAACUGAGGAGAAAGAUAACUUAGAAACCAGAUCAUGUUCCUUUGCAGAAAAGAAGGUUCUAGCAGAAAAACAAGAAAUUAUGGCCCCGUUAGAGCACAGAGAUAACAACAGAAUAGGGAAGGCAGAAAUCACACAUGGCUCUAUCUCUAUUAAACUGGAAGAAUCAAAAGCUGCUGCUGUUCUGCAGCAAGUCUAUCAAAGUGAAGAGCACAAAGAAAGACACAAAAUUAUUGAGGAGGAGAAAGGAAAAGAAGAAAAGCAGUUACAUGCAUUUUCAGAAGGAGAGAAGCAGCAGGAAAUUCAGUCUUAUUCUGCAAAUGCAGCCAGGUUUAUGUCUGAAGAAUUAGAUAACUCUUUGGGUGAAACUCAACCAUUUUCAUUAAUUAAAACUACAUCAAUUAUAGAAAAAUCAGAAACCAUUAUUUCAGAGGCUCACCCAGCAAUCAGGGAACCAAGGGCAGUAGGAACCGAACCACAUCCAUUAGAAAGUAAUGUUUUGGUGGAGAAAACCAAGACUUUCCUUCCAGUGGAUCUUCCUUAUCACGAUGAAAUAGAUGACCACUCUUUACCGAAGGAAGGUAAUCUAGUAUUGGAAGAGUCAAGGAAGGGUAUGUUGAGACACAGUGAAGAAAAGGCACAGGUCACAGUGUUAGAAUCAUCAAAAGGUGGUUCAGUAGGUAUCGCAAAAGAAAGUAUGAAACAAGGAUCUCCAUCUAAAGAAUCUGAAAGGAUUUUAGUCUGUCCUUUUGAUGAAACAAAGAGCUUAGAAACACUGCCAUAUUUGUUGUCAUCUGUGAAAGAACAAAUGCUUAUUUCAGAAACUUCUUCUGAAAUUAGUACAGUGAAGAAACAAGAAAUGCCAUGGUCAGAAUUGACUGCAGACAGGCAUACAGUACAUGCUAUUCAAACAUUUAAAGAUCUAACAUCUGAAAUGUCUAAACAAUCUGUUCUUGUUUCAAAGCACCACUUGGAGGCUGUGAAAGAUGUCCAUGUAAAUGAACCACAAUCUUCAGCACGCAGCAACUAUGCCCAAUUUAUAACUAAUGCAACAAUUAAUACUGAUGAAACAGUUUCUAUUAGAGACAUAUCUGAAGAGCCUGAAGACCCCUAUGUAAAAGAUGGAACACUAACAAUGACUAGUAAGCCAGCUGGAUUUUCAGAAGAUCAAAAGAGUGCCUUUAGUAUCAUUUCUGAAGGCUGUGAGAUACUGAAUAUUCAUGCUUCUGCAUUUAUUCCUUCAGUUGAUCAGGAAGAAAGUGAAAAAAUGCAAGAUAAGUUAGAAUAUUUGGAAGAGAAGACCUCAUUUAAACCUGUAUCUCUCCUUGACAAUAGUGAGGCAGUUGCUUUCCAUAAAACAGGAAAGAGUAAGUUAGGAGAUUCUGAUAAAAAACUUACAUCAUUGAAAGAAAAUAAACAACAGGAAACUCAUAACACAGAAGAGGAGAUGUCCACAGAUUCAGAAACUGGUGAUGUAGCCUUUAAUCAGCUCACAAAUCCCAGUGAAGAGGAUUAUUUUGAAAAAUAUACAUUGAUUGAUUAUAACAUCUCUCCAGACCCAGAAAAACAGAAAGCUCCAUGGAAAUUAAGUGUUGAAGCAGAACUCUCAAAGGAAGUUACAGAAGAUAUUAUCACUUUCCCAGAAAGUUCCGAGGAAAGUACCCUAGAACAUGAAUAUGACUUGGUGAAAUUAGAUGAGAGUUUUUAUGGAAUGGAAAAGGACUACAGCAAAUCAUCUCACUCAGAGACCCACAAGCCUUUGGGUAUCCAAAGGUCAGCUGACAGAGACACUCCAAAGAACAUAAAUAGAGAUGUGGACUUGAAGUUGCAUGGGAUGCCUUUAUUUGAUGCAGAGGAAAGUGUUUUGUCACGAACCCAGAUAUUUCCUACCACUGCUAAAGCCAUUAAUCCUGAACUUCUAGAGGAGCCACCUGCACUUGCAUUUUUAUACAAGGAUCUAUAUGAAGAAGCAGUUGGAGAGAAAAAGAAGGAAGGGGAGACAGCUUCUGAAGGUGACAGCGUGAAUUCUGAGGCAUCAUUUCCAAGCAGAAAUUCUGAUCCUGAUGAUGGAACAGGAAUAUAUUUUGAGAAGUACAUACUCAAAGAUGACAUUCUCCAUGACUUAUCUGUAACUCAAAAGGACCAAGGCCAACGUCUAGAAGAAAAGCUAGUCAGCAAGGAUGACUCAUACCAACCACUAGCUGCAGCAGGCGAUGCUUGGGGGAGGUUUGGACCUAUCAUGGGGGAGAAGAGUGUGGAAGAGGAACAGAAAGCUGCUUACAGGGAAGGAGAAUCAGUAGACCAUGUGGAGACCCUUGACAAGGUAGCUGUGCAGAAGAAAGCUCCCAUCACUGAGGAAGUCACAGUGGUUACACAGCAGAUAAGCUAUGCAGUUCCAUUUGCAGACACCCAUCAUGUCCUAGAGAGAGUAGAUGAAACAAGCAGUCAGAGUAAUGAAGCAGGAAAUGCAAGUCCAGAAGUCAAUCUGAAUGUCCCAGUACAAGUGUCCUUCCCAGAUGAAGAACUUGCAUCUGGUACAGCUUGUGUUCAAGAAACACUGCAAGAAGAACCUACAAUAAUGGUCCCACCUGAACCAAGAGAAGAUAGGCUGCGCAAUAGCCCUGUUCAGGAUGAGUAUGAAUUUUCUGAGUACCUGAAUUAUGAAGUGUUUUCUCAAGACACUCAAUCAGAAGAACUGUAUUCAGAAUCCACACCUGAAGAUAUGUUAUCUCAAGGAAAGGAAUCUUUUGAACACGUCAGUGAAAAUGAAUUUGUGAGUGAGGUAGAACAAAGUAUGUCUGCUGAACAGAGUGAGUUGGGCAGAGAAAGGACAGAACAAGACCAAUUAUCAUCAGAGUUAAUAAGUGAGAAGGAACAAAAGGAACCAAAAAGGGCCCAGGUUGACACAUACUGCUACACUUGCAAAAGCCCGGUUUCUGCUGUUGACAAGAUGCUUGGCACCCAUGAAGACCAUGAGGUCUCAACACUUGAUACAGCUAUAAGUGCUGUAAAGGUUCAGUUGGCAGAAUUUCUAGAAAAUUUACAAGAAAAGUCCUUGAGGAUUGAAGCCUUUGUUAGUGAGAUAGAAUCCUUUUUUAAUACCAUUGAGGAAAACUGUAGUAAAAACAAGAAAAGACUAGAAGAACAGAAUGAGGAAAUGAUAAAGAAGGUUUUAGCACAGUAUGAUGAGAAAGCCCAGAGCUUUGAGGAAGUGAAGAAAAAGAAGAUGGAGUUCCUGCAUGAUCAGAUGGUCCACUUUCUGCAGAGCAUGGACACCGCCAAGGACACCCUGGAGACCAUCGUCAGGGAAGCAGAGGAGCUUGAUGAGACUGUGUUCCUGACUUCAUUUGAGGAAAUCAAUGAAAGGUUGCUUUCUGCAAUGGAGAGUACUGCUUCUUUAGAGAAAAUGCCUGCUGCAUUUUCACUUUUUGAACAUUAUGAUGACAGCUCAGCAAGAAGUGACCGGAUGUUAAAACAAGUGGCUGUUCCACAGCCUCCGAAAUUAGAGCCUCAGGAACCAAAUUCUGCCACCAGCACAACAAUUGCAGUUUACUGGAGCAUGAACAAGGAAGAUGUCAUUGACUCAUUCCAGGUUUACUGCAUGGAGGAGCCACAAGAUGACCAAGAAGUCAAUGAGUUGGUAGAAGAAUACAGACUGACAGUGAAAGAAAGCUACUGUAUUUUUGAAGAUUUGGAACCUGACCGAUGCUAUCAAAUAUGGGUGAUGGCUGUGAACUUCACCGGAUGUAGCCUGCCCAGUGAAAGGGCAGUUUUUAGAACAGCACCCUCCACACCUGUGAUCCGAGCUGAGGACUGUACUGUGUGUUGGAACACAGCCACCAUCCGAUGGCGGCCUGCCAACCCAGAGGGCCCUGAGACCUAUACUCUGGAGUACUGCAGACAGCACUCUCCAGAGGGCGAGGGUCUCAGAUCUUUCUCUGGAAUUAAAAGACUCCAGCUGAAAGUUAACCUCCAACCCAAUGAUAAUUAUUUUUUCUAUGUGAGAGCCAUCAAUGCAUUUGGGGCAAGUGAGCAGAGUGAAGCUGCCCUCAUUUCCACCAAAGGAACCAGAUUUCUCUUGUUGAGAGAAACGGCUCAUCCUGCUCUGCAGAUUUCCUCAGAUGGGACAGUGAUUAGCUUCUCUGAGAGGAGACGGCUGACAGACAUCCCAUCAGUGCUGGGUGAGGAGCUGCCUGCCUGUGGGCAGCAUUACUGGGAGACCACGGUCACGGACUGCCCAGCUUAUCGCCUUGGCAUCUGCUCCGGCUCUGCCAUGCAGGCGGGGGCCGUGGGACAAGCGGAGGCCUCAUGGUACAUGCACUGCUCGGGGCCGCAGAGAUACACAUUUUUCUACAGUGGCAUUGUGAGCGAUGUUCAUGUGACCGAGCAUCCUGCCAGAGUGGGCAUUCUACUGGACUACAAUAACCAGAGGCUUCUGUUUAUUAAUGCUGAAAGUGGACAGUUGCUCUUCAUCAUUAGGCACAGGUUUAAUGAGGGUGUUCACCCUGCCUUUGCCCUGGAGAAACCUGGAAAAUGUACUUUGCACCUGGGAAUCAAGCCGCCAGAUUCCACAAGACACAAGUGAUCACUGACCUACAGAGUUUGUUAGAGCAAUAAUUCAAAACCUGGGGGUUUGUUGUUCCUUCCCUUGGGUGCUGUACGUCAUUCAGAAUAUCUCCCACACAUUCACACUAGUAAUAGCCACAUAUACAGUGAUCAACACGUGAACAACACACCAUGAAAACCUUGGCAUUUUAGGGGAGUAUGAGAGCAAAGAGGAUGGAAAAACAACCUCCACCUUUUGCUUUGUAUAUUUAGUUGUUCCCUAUAUUAAAGCAUUUAUAAAGACUUGAGAACCAAAAUAGAGAAAAGGAUUUCCACCUGUUUCAUAGGUAAAAGAAAUUCUUGAUGGACAGGUCUGAGUGAAGGGAAGGUUGUGCUAGUAACACAUCUCCUCUGACAAGAAACACUGACUUUUCCACAAGAAAAAUGUCACCUCACUUCACUAACGGAUGAUGAAUCCUAAUCAUUAGAGAAAGUGUUUUAGCCAUUUUAAGUUGAUAAUGAACUGUUUUGUAAAAGUAUAUGCUGUAGAACACAAGUCUCUUUUCCCUGAAAUUUUAAAUGUAGACAAGUACUAGAUAUUAGAAAUUUCCGUUUUGUUAAAUAAAUGGUUAGAGUCUAUAAAACAAAA